AUGCCCUGUCUCACUACUCCCAAGUCCAUUUUGAUCACCUCUGUGUCUGGGGGAAUUGGCAGCCAUCUGGUACCCCUGUUGUUCGACCAAAGUCCACAACCAAAGCUAGUCCUCCCGACAAGGAAUGCAGAAAAUCUGAAGUCGGCACUUCUAUCCAUCUCGAAAGCGGGGCAAUAUGUCUUCUUACCGCAAAUCUCAGUUAGAGACCCGGUUUGGGUGGAGUCACUUUCAAAGGACAAUGAAUUAAACACAAUCUUCCUCUACCUUACGGGUUCUGAUGAGAUGACCACUGCCCUGAUAUUACUAGAUGCCAUUAGAAGGAUCCCUGCCAUCAAGAAACUCGCGUAUCCCUCCAGUAUCGGUGAAUUCACGUCCGAAACCGAUUCACGAAUACCGUCCGCACGAGUGCGAUACCCCCGCCAGCUUGCAAAGGCUAUCAUAGAGCAAAGGCUCAAGUAUAGACCGCUUGAUCUCGAAUGGACAAUUCUGGGGUCGACAAUUUUCUUCGCCAACGACAACAUGCAGAUAUCGAACAUACCGUCGAAAGGCGGACUAUCGGGACUCUCUCGGCAUGGCGUUAGCAGAAUCGCACUGUCUGAAAUUGCACUUAGAGCACGCAAUGCCAUGUACGACACGAAUGGUGCCUGGCAUGGCAGGAAGUUUCAACUCGGGAAGAAGAACCUGUACAUAAGUGAAAAUUUCACCCAAAUAUGGUCGAAGGCACUGGUAAAGCCGAUCGAUAACACCAGAAAGAGCAACAGAAGUGGAGCAGCGGUUGAGGAAGAUGAUGCCUGGAGAUACUGGAUUUGA